AUGUCUCUACAAGACCCUGUGUAUUCACAAAACGAUCCACUGUUGUUAGGCAAUUCGAAUAGAUCACGAUCAAAUGAUCCUUGGAAGACCAUUGCUAAGGUAGCUACAGUAUUUAUUGGAAUAUUGUUCAUAACUUCGCCAAUUGUUUUUGGAUUGUCCGGAGUUGCUGGGAAAAAUAAUGAAAGCAAACAUGGUUCUCUUGCGAAUCAAACAUCUGCGGAUAAUGCAACGGAAGAAAAUACGCCUAAGAAUUAUUCGACAUCUUUCACAGAAACUAAAAAGUCUAUUAUAUUGAAUCAAAAUAAGGAUGGAACAGUCGCAGAUUACGCAACAUUUGAGUACAACGUUACAAGCGACGAAUACUCACGACUCAACGAUGAUGGGACGAAAAUUCAACCAUGGAUCGUGAAGAAUAUGGAACGAAAAGUGAAGUUUUAUUUUUUCAAAGGUUUCCCCGUUGAAAAGACUACGUUUAUACACAAGAUAACACCAAAUGAGGACGGAUUGAUUUAUUGGAAAUUUGAAUUGGUGGACUCUCCUGAAAUGUAUAUAAAUGAGGUAGCGAUUACCAUGGAUGUCGUGUAUAAGAUCAUCGACAAUAAAGGAAAAGCAGAAAUGUGUACUGAUGAUUCUUUAAAGAACUGCUCAAAUAUUCCGGAAGAUGAUGAAUUGAUGAUUCUUAAUCCAAACAUCAAAACGUUUUUCAUUGGUAUCAAGAUGUCCAAGAGAGAAGAUUUUACUGACACAUAUUGGUUUGACACAAGCAAGAUGGGCAGUUUUUCUGUGAAAGUCAGUUCAAAAAAACGAUUGGUUACCCAUCUUUACAAAGAAACGGGAGACAUAAUUCAUUUGGCUCCCCGCGUAUCAGAUGAAUACGACCAUGGGCUACAAUUUGUAGUUGGACAGAACCACUUUGUCAUGGGCGAACAUUAUAAUAAGGUUACGUUCAAACCUUGGUCCGUGAAAAAUUUCGCAAUGGAAAAGGAGUUUCCAUCGGGGAUCGGCUAUUUACAGAAGAUAAUUCCGGAUCAGGAUGCUUGGAUCUACUGGAACAUAAAUAUGCAUGAUGAUAAAAAACAAUUGAUACAUUUAAAAAUUGAAAUAUUACAAAUGCAAGAGCUUGUCAAUCAUGGAGGAUUAGCUGAAUUCUGUCCAAAUUCUUUAGAAAACUGCAUGGAUAUUCCGAGCAAUGGUAGGCUUACAAUUUGAGAAACCAGAAUUUGAAAAAUUCUUCAUUGGCGUUAAGAUGCUCAACAAUAUGACAACUAACCAUACCAAUCUGCCAAAGAUCGACAAUAUGGGCAGUUUUAAUGCUAGCGGUCAUUGGAAAUUACUUCGUCGUUAUGAAGAAUUUGACACACAAACGCAGCCCAUCCAAUUAAUUCCGGAAUCGGGAAAAAACUAUAUAAAAUUCACUUACGACGUUAUCAACAAUGUCUAUUCGCAUAAUAAUGUAGAUGGAUCAGACGUCUCGCCUAGGAAACUUCAGUAUAUUGAAAGAAUAGUACAUGAAGGCAAUAAUGAAGCAUUCAUACAGCCAGACUAUCCUGAAGAGGUGAAUGGUGGUCAUAUAGAUUGGAUGUUCCAAUUGAAAAACGAUGGGAAAUCCGUCAAAAAAGUGGUGAUCAAAAUGGCGGGAAUAGACGAUAUUUUGAAGGAAAACGCAGGAACUAUUGAAGCUUGUUCAAACUAUCACAUAAAUUGCACAAAUAUUCCGACAAACAAGAGUUUGAUAAUGGAGUAUCCAGUUGAUAUGCUAUACAUAAGUGUUGUUCUUUCCGAUAAUAUAAGAUUAUUUAAAACCGAUGUCAAUGAUAGAAAAUCAGUGGAAACGUUUUCAAUUGAAGUUUUCUGGCAAAACACUACUGAAACUACCUUAGCCACUACAGCUGUUUCUGAAAUGACAACUACGCCUGGAACCAUUGAAACUACUUCACCUUCAACUUUAAAUGACACUGAAUCCAAUCAAGAUGUAGUCUCAACGCCAUUAUUAACUUGGCGGGAAGAGCAUAUCGCUUUGGGACCAAUGUCAAAAGAAAAUCAUGUGAAAUUUACGUACGAUGUCACGAGUGACACGUAUUCACACACUAAGCCUAAUGGAUCUUCAUAUGUACCGUAUAAUGUUGGCAAUAUUGAACGAGUAGUGGAUAAGCGACUGAAUCAAGUUUAUUUACAUAGGAACGAUUCUACAAAAUAUACUUAUAUAAGUUGGGCAUUCGACACCACGAUCGAUGGGAAAGUUGUAGACAAAUUGACAAUUAAAGUAAGCGGAAUGGAAGAAUGUGCUUGGGGAGGUACAUUAGAAAUUUGUCGAAUUUAUGGAUACGAGAAGUGCACCGUGAUUCCCAUUAACGAAGGAUUGACGAUUGAGUAUCCACAAUUAUCUGUUUUCAAGAUUGGAUACUACUACUCCACGCUCAGUGAUCCAAAAAAUAAUCCAGAUACGAUACUUUUCAAAACCGAAUUGAAGGAAGGACUCAGCGUGGAAAGUCUCUCAGUCGAAGUCAACUGGAAGCCCAAAGGACCACUCACCAACCAAACUACACUGCCAACCUAAUCGUUAUACAUAUGUAUUUACAGUCGCAAAUGACAAUUGAACAAAUAAAUGAGUUGAUCAGC